UGGUGCAACAGUGAAAAGAGUCUUCUUCUUCUUCCCUUGGCCAUUGCAGAUUCCAUCUGUUCAUCAUUAACCCUCAAAUCUCCAUUCCCAAUAUCUCCAUAAUCUUCCCUUUCUCAUUUCUAAUUCUUCCCCAUAUACAAUCAUUCGCAAAUGCCCAAUCUUUAGUACUAAUCAAAACCCUACUAAGCAACAUUCCGAAUCCGCCGCAUGGAUUCUCGCCGCAUCCAGCGUUCAGUCAUCGAUCCUAAGGUACGCCAUGUCGGAUUCUUCGCCCCUGGAGAUGCUCCUACCCGCUUGCAAUCCAACCCACCCGAACCCUUUAACUUCUCGCUUCCCGUCUCUGAUAUCUCGCCGUAUAAUCCGGUCAUGAUCCCACCGCCGCGCCACCUCUCUGUAGGUCCUCUCUCUCCCCAUCGUAGGCAUCCCGGCAGCAACACCGUCCCUGUCGGAAGUUACAAUCCUUCUGAGUUCACUUCCCCGACUGCCUCGAACAGAGAAUUUACUAACUUGAUUAACAGGACUGGCUCCGGGAAAUUCGCUUCUUCUCUCCCUAGUGGUGGAUUUGGAUAUCCUGGUAUUAAAAUGAACACUCCCCCUGUUAGUAGCUUGAUGACUGUUUCAGUGGUUAACCAGUUACCUCCAGAUUUCUCUGAUAAGAAGGAUUCAAAAACAACAAUUGUAGAGAAGGAUGGAGGAACAUCAACUGAUAUACUACUGAAUGAUCAACCAGUAAGCUCAAAGCCCCUUAAAGAUAAAACCUCCAAAGCUGAAAGACGAGCCCUUCAAGAGGCUCAAAGAGCGGCUAAAACAGCUGCUAAAGCUGGGGUUGGGACUCUUGAAAAUGCAAAGCCGCAGAAACCUACAAAAACACCUUCACAGAGAAAAGAAAGUUCAUCAGCUACAGCCCCUGAAAGAAAAGGAGGUGAACGCACUGCUGAUAAAGAUAGGAAAAAGGAUGCUCCUCAUCCACGCAUGCAGUUUGAUGAUAAGAGCAGAGUGGAGAAGGCCAAAAAACGGGCAGUUGUUAAACAAACCGAGGCCAGGAAUAUAGUUGAACUUUUCAGACACUUACCCCAGUAUCAACAUGGAACUCAACUCCCUCAUCUCCAGUCAAAGCUUUUCCAACAUGAUCCAGUUCAUCCUGCUGUUUAUAAGGUUGGUCUUAGGUAUCUGUCUGGAGAUAUUUCUGGAGGCAAUGCACGUUGCAUAUCAAUGCUUCAAGCAUUUCAAGAUGCAAUAAGAGACUACACAACACCACCAGAGAAAUCUCUAAUUAGAGAUUUAACUGCAAAAAUCAAUUCUUAUGUUUCAUUCUUAAUUGAGUGCAGGCCCCUAUCCAUCACCAUGGGGAAUGCAAUAAGAUUUCUCAAGACUCUUAUAGCAAAGCUACCCAUAACAUUGACUGAAUCCGAAUCAAAGACAUCUCUUCUCUCUGACAUUGAUAGGUUCAUUAGUGAGAAGAUAAUACUAGCAGAUAAAGUGAUAGUCAGGCACGCUGUAACAAAAAUUAGGGAAGGUGAUGUACUUCUCACGUAUGGCUCAUCCUCAGCUGUUGAAAUGCUUUUUGUGUAUGCCCACGAGCUGGGCAAGCAGUUUCGUGUUGUAAUUGUGGAUGCAAGGCCAAAGCUAGAAGGGAGGCUAUUGCUCCGUAGGUUGUUGGAGAAGGGUCUUAACUGUACUUAUACAAAUAUAAAUGCUGUUUCUUAUAUCAUGCAUGAAGUUACUCGAGUAUUUCUUGGAGCUUCGUCGGUUUUAUCAAACGGAACAGUUUAUUCAAGAGUUGGGACAGCAUGUGUGGCCAUGGUAGCUCAUGAAUCUCGUGUUCCUGUCAUAGUGUGUUGUGAAGCGUAUAAAUUUCAUGAGAGGGUGCAACUUGAUUCAAUCUGCUCAAAUGAACUUGGUGAUCCUGAUGUCAUUGCAAAGAUUCAUGGAAGAGAGGAUAUUAAUUAUUUGGAUAAUUGGGCAGCCAGUGAGAACCUACAGCUUCUUAAUCUGACUUAUGACGCGACUCCUGCAGAUUACGUGUCAAUGAUAAUCACAGAUUACGGAAUGGUUCCACCCACGAGUGUACCAGUUAUUGUCGGAGAAUACGGGAGUGAACACCUCUGGAUAUAAAAGAUCAGAUAACAGCUAAUGCAAAGGCAGUUUUCCAAUUUCAUGUUCAUCUUGAAGGCUGAUGGUGAUGGCACUGGGACCGGUUGUCUGUCUCACAUUAUUCUUACUUAACAGUUUUUACUUUUUACAUGUUAAAACAAAUGCUGUUAGAUUUAUUGUCCGUCAUUUUAUAGUUUUACCUUACUAGCGAAGAGUGCGAUUUUGAACGCCUCUCCGGGCAGUUUUGGAUUUUUUCCAAAAAUUGUGACCAUUCAUUCCCUAUUAUUGCCUGUUUUGGCAGAAACUUCUUUGGAAUUCUUUGUUCCCUGUUAAGAAAAUCAUGAUUGUCUUCUUCAA